AUGUUUCUACUAAAAUAGUAGAUCAUACUACACUACUACUUUCCCUACAAUCUUUUUAUAUAACUUUCGUUUUUAGUGUAGGCUUUAGAGAAAAAGGACAAGGAGGUGAUGGAUUUUGUCGGCCAAAUUUGGAUUUAUCUUUAAGGAAGAUCAACGUGGCGGCCGUCCCUCACGACAGAUUUGCAGCCAAGUGGGAAACUAAUGCUUCUUGCUUCUGCAGUCUCCCCUCUACCUCCCUCUUUAUCUACUAUCUUAUAUAUAUGUAUCCUUUUCCAAAACCAAACUAAUCUCCUGCUUCUUUUGUUUUUCUAAAAUGUUGUGGCUUUCAAGUUGUAAUCUUUGGAAACAAAAUUGAAAACCCAUAAUAAAAAGAAAGGUUUAUUUUAGUUUAGGGUUUAGGGUCUUUCAAUGAAAGGUGAUUAUUGUUCAAGUUCAACAAGUGGAAAGAAGCAAAGAAUGCAACACCACCAACAACCGUUCAGAGGGAUAAGGAUGAGAAAGUGGGGGAAAUGGGUGGCUGAAAUCCGAGAGCCAAACAAGAGGUCUAGGAUUUGGUUGGGUUCUUACUCCACACCCAUAGCCGCUGCUUGUGCCUACGACACCGCCGUCUUCUACUUGCGUGGACCUUCCGCUAGGCUCAACUUCCCUGACCUUAUAUUACAAGAGGACGAUGAACUUAGAGACAUCUCACCUGCUUCCAUACGCAAGAAGGCCACCGAGGUCGGUGCUAAAGUCGUCGCGCUGCACACCACCUCCCUUCAUCAUCAUCAUGCUUCUAAUUCAUCGGAAUCAUCAAACCCUCCUCGAGUUUUCUCCAAACCCGAUUUGAACAAGUACCCUGAAACUUCUGAUGAAGAUUGAAAACAAUCUAUAUAAAGGAAAAAAAAAAAUCUACAACUUGAUUCUGUUUGAUAAGUUUAGGUUUUCAUAUUCAACACAGCUCUAUCAAGACCUUCAAUGACUUGUUCUGUAACAAAAAUUCAAGCAGUCAUAAUUCAGUUAAAAUCAUGAAGUCAAUAGAUAUAUAGAAUGACUACUGGUUUAGCUAAUUAAGUGGUUAGCUAAAAUAGUGAUUGCUGUUGAAGUCUUAAUUAAUAAUUUCUUGAACAAA